AGAUCCUUGAACAAUGAUCCAUGCAAAAAAAAAAGAUGAUGUUGGAAUAUUGGAUAGUCAAAAUGCCACCCGACAAGAUGAUUUCGACCACCUCCUCCUGCUGCCCGUUGCUUUUUAUCUCUCCGCUGCUGGUUCAUCCUUACCCAAAGAAAGGAACCGUGGGAAACGACGCAGAGGAUACCUUAGGCCCAAGCAAACGUGUUGGUUUCCCCUGCAGUAUGGUUCAGUGGCAACACGAGAACUUCGAAGGUUUGAAGCAAUUGUUGCACCAGCGGACGCGACCCUGACCCAAUAGUGGUCAUGUUACCGCUGCAAGUACAACAAAAGUCACAGGCUCCUUCAGCUGGUGCUUCUGAAGAUGAGCAAAAUGAAAAUCAAACCCAACCUCCUUCACCGGGGGAAGAGGUGCGCGGACGUGGACGCGCGCGAACAUCCAAGGGGUUUUCAAGGCGAAAAUGCGAAACGAUUUGUGGUCGCAAGACCGACAGCUGUACGCCUUCUCGCAGCACGCGCCGCGGGCGCACCAGAUCUAUUCUGGGCAAAAGUGUUCAUCCUCUCGUUGGAAAGUGCGGUUGAUCUGCCGUGACUCACACCGUUUCUUCAGUAACAGCUUUAUUGCAUGAACAUGGUCGAGUGCUACAGCAUAAGUAUAUGCAUUUUACAUCUUACUUGAAGUUCAAGCUGUCGCCAUCCUACUAUCGCAAGAUUGGGGGCUUUUGCAAGGCAUAACUUCGAGAUCCUCUUGUUCCGGUGUUGUACGUUCGGGAACGGUUUCUGGGUUAUCCGGGCGCAAAGCAUUCUCUAUUUCCUUAGAAUCAGGGUCAGGACCGAAAUUGUGUUGCGACCACGGAAGUAGAAGCAAGAUGAUGAAUAAUUGCAGUUCACAUAAUUUUGAUUUUCGACUUCGUAUCUCGCGUACAGUGUUCUCGUCACGAAGCAUGUAAACUGAGGAGUUUUCAUUCUGAAAUGCCAGACCCUGAAACUGAGGAACAAAAAACAUUAAUGAACUUCAAGUGCAUAUUAUUGCAGCUCUUCAUCGGGCAGCAGCACUUCUAGUGGCACCGCUGGCUUGUGGUCUUGGAUUUCCAGAACCAGCAAGCCGCUUUUCGUGAUCUUCUCGCAGGCAAGGCGGUGCGUUUUGAUGUUUCGGUCUGCCGAAGGCGCCGCUUUCCUUUCGGUGCUUCUAGUUGGUACCUUCGCGGCGUGGGCAGCGACGGCGUCUGGAGAUGACCGAGAAGGUGUCGGCGUUCAUCCGGGGUCGGGUCAUCAAUCGGACGCAGCGCAGCCUGUCAGCACGGCGGCAUCCACAGCUCACGGUGAAGAAACUGACGCUGACAGUCCGCACCAGCAGCCGGUUAGUGAACAAGUAAUGGGUGGCUCCGCAAGAAAAGAUCACGAUACUGAACUUCAAGGCGAAAAACAUCAGCAUUCUCCGAGCUCGGCGUCCGCGACCGCAGCCGCGAACUGGAAAACACCUCCGGAAACGUCAUCUGUUGCUUCCACUACGGCUGUGCAGAUAAAACGCGUAGCACGAGGUCAAGAGGAUCAGCACCAAAGCCAGGCACAGGCUGUUGACGAUUCGCAUGAUGAACAACUUCUGCACGCUGGAGAAUUCCAAGGACCAAGCGAAGCAAGAAUUGCUUCGCUGGAAGUCGGGCGCCAAAGAGCAACAACAGCGGAAGACGAAGAAACGCAGCCCCAGCCGCUGCCGCCCAGCACAACCAGUAUCGGCAAUGUACGCCUCAAUUUGAUUGAUCAAUACCAAGCGAACAGCCAGAUUGACGAAUCUCAACUACCUAGUGGAACCGAGAUGUUGAAUCGUCCAGCAAGAAUAACGGCGGACGGCGUGGAAGGUGGAGCUGCAAGUCGAACUCAGUCGCAGCGACGCGACACUAAUAAUGCGAAGACGUCGUCUGUUACGGCGACUGCCUCAGCUUCCCCGACGAAUGAAGAAGAUGAAGCGACUGCGAACUUAAGCAAAGACGAGCCCGCGUCCCCAGGCGUGAAGCGCACCGCACAGCAAGAAGACGUCAAAAUGGUCAGCGCCGAAGCAAAGCAAGGAACGGGUCCUGAAGCUUUCCCAGGAAAGGGUGAGAAUGAAGACCAUCAUGCUAACGUUGCUGAAGAUCAUGAUGUUCCGAUUUCUUCCGGUGACCGCCGUGCAGUAAGUACAAUACCGCCUGAGAAUAAAAGCCGGGCUCGUCAAAAAUCCGCAAGAAGCGCGGAACUAAGUGAUCCAGGAGCUGGAGGUGCGCCCGCAAAUCAGGAGGCACGCAACACCUUCUCAUUACAACCGAGCCGGCCACCGGCACCGAACACUCCGGACAGGCACAAGGGCCAAAAAAGUGCUGGGCAGCUGCAGUUGACGAGCAAUCCCGGCGAUGACUCCUUGUCGCUCUCGCUUGUGCAAGCAGAUGCUAACACCGACACCAAGGACGAUGUCGCGGCGCCUGUCACGAUCCCACAAUAUGAGAAAUAUAUCCUGGAUCAAGGAUCAUUAAGUGACUUCGAGAUAGCUCGAUCAGUCUCGCGCAUCUUAGCUCCGAAAUCCGAUACCGACCGAAAUGCGGUUUCUUCGAAGAACAUCGCAACGCCGAAGGUGAAAAUCGGCAACGAGGCGAAGGCCAAAGCAAGUGCUGCAAGGAUGCAGUUGCGCAAGGGGCAGCUGGGGAGAUUCGUCGAUGAGUGGGUUUUAGGACGGUAUUGGUUUUUUGUGCAUCUUGUUCUCUCGCGGGACACACAAGAAAAAAUCUCGCGCUUGGGCCGGAAUAACUUCGCAAUGCCGCUGAUGCCCACUACCUUUUUGCCGGAUCGACCCAUUCCUAGCAACUACGGCAACUAUUUUCUUAUCUCGAUGAAAGAAAUCAAGGAUGACGAUGAGGACAAGCAAAUCGCCUCAACCGCAACAACAUCAGCGAAACCUCCUCUCUCGCAGUGGAACAUAGACUUGGACAACCCCUGGGAGUGCAUAAUCAAGCAUCUCUACGACGGACGCGUCAUCUGGCCGCCGGUACUAGAUUACGCGACCACCGAUGAUGAGUUAGACAAUAGCGCCUACGGCGGAGGCGAAUUGACUUGGAAGCAAGGAACCGAACUCGCUGCGCUGCGACCUAAGCUGUGGACGUAUAAUCCGUCGCAGUUAGGUGAGUACGCAGAAAAGCCGUGGUCGUUCCAGCGCGAUAUCACCUCUCUCUUCGUAAAGAAAUGGCAACAACUGCAUGAGAUGUUGCCGUUGACGAAGUGGGCCCUAAAGAAUUCCGCAAGUGUAGAUGCGGGUCGGAAACAAGAAGAACAACAUCGGCAAUUGCAAGCAAAAUCCAUGGAAAAGUGGACGGAAGAUGACCAACUCGACCGACAAAAGCAGGAACUUGUUGUUGCUCUUCAGUGUCGAACGAAGCUCCGGCUUCAACUCGAGAAACAAAUACUCCGCCGCUUGACAGGUUUAUCUUCCGAACCGAUCGAGCCGCUUGGGUUUCUCAAAGACGCAUCAGACCAGAAAAAACUACAUGACGCAUUGGGCAGUUACGUAGAACAUGUGGACGAAAAGCGUGUCCGUUCCCAGGUAAAUGCACGACUACACGAGACGUUGGACAACUUCAUGAAGAAAAAAGGAAUUUUCGUAGCGAAGGAGCCGGACUAUACUAGCUCGUCGUUGUUCUGCUGCGGCGCGAGAAAAGAAAAUUAUGAUUAUACUUACCCUUUCAUCUACCGCCUUCACGAACAAGAGUCCAGUGAUGCAGCAGAUGCCGCCGCAACUACUGAUGGCGCCCAUGCUUCAGGCGACGGCCAAUCCGGUAAUGCAGAGCCACUUGGUUUGAAAGAAAACCAAGAGCGCUUCAAGGAAGAGCUACGGAGGCGGAACGCCCUCUUGGACAAGCUCGCCACAGACGUGGGAAGUACCAGCACGAGCGAGAAUGGUGGGCAAGUGCGUGGAGGAGGACAGGAGACGUCGCCACGGGACCAGCUUGAACUCAUCCAGGCGUUUUUGGUCAAGGUUACCGUUAAACGUACCGAAAGUCGACCCCCAAACCCGCCACAGGUACAGGCGCAAACGACAUGGAAGUAAAAAAAACGCAACGAUUUUUGAAAAUGAAGUCGCUUCGCCGGAUCUUCUUCUGCUUCUUUAUUGCGUUCCGAGAUAUAGCAUUAAAGCAUUAGAGGCUGAACUUGGAUUGCCAUUGCGCACGCUAUGUAUGCAGUAAGUGCUCGGCCACUAGGCCAUCCACGGACAGCGCCAAAAGUUUAACCUCCUUCCAGACCCAGAUAUAUUGGCAUUUGAUAGAAACGCGAAAAAAUGAAAAUCCAAAAUUCAAAUUUUGAGAGAGGCAUCGCAUGAAAAAUAAUUGCUAUCCUCCGGGCCCCGAUGGAUUCCGUUCCAACUUCCCUGCGGCGCUGACCUUCGUCGCGCCGGUGUCGUGCCGAUUUUUUUUUUUCUUCGCGGAAUUCGCAUUGCGGCCUCUGCUGGAGAGCUCCGAAGGGUUGCAGAGUGCGCGUUUUCGCGGCUCUGGCCCCUAUGUGGUGGCCGGGUGGCGUUCCUUCUCCUGCCCGCGUGACCUGCCGGCGAGAGGUUUCUAUGCUUCAUCUUUUGACCUCAGACCGUGUGGCUCCGGCCUUCUCGGGAUUUUCCGACAUCGGCACCUGCAUUGUUACUGCCCCACGGUGGGCGCCUGUUAGCGCCGAGGCCUUCACUGGCAGGGGGGUUGGUUGUCUCCUUGCUGUUUUUUCGUUUCGGUUUUCAAAAUUCCUCGGGCGCUGUGGUUUUUUCAAAAUCCAGCCGGCGGGCCCACUUGCUUCUCUUUUGGGAGCGGCCUGACCCUGCCGAGCCUUUCCGCCCCUGUUCGAUCGUUUAGAGGUCGCAGAAGCAGGCACCGGGGGUGAGGCUCCAGCCCAUUUACUGUAACCGCCAGAACGCUGGCCCAGGCUUCUCGGGGUUUUGCCUCGAAGGCAGACCCUUCGCCUUCUCAUCCGCAAUGCCCUAUCUUUUCUUCCGGCCUUUCGACAAAAAAACCUAUCGUCAAAAGGGUAGCGUGUGUAUUUCUUUCAACCUUCAGAAGGUAGGCAGUGUCCUGAACACCAGGGCGCGCGCCUUUUGAUGACGAGGCGAAACCGCAGAAGUUUAGCAGCCUCCCAGGCCGCAAAAAAAGCAGAAUCAGCAUGACCACGAAAAGCCUUCAGGUGGGUGAGGCUGAAACUGGCACCCCCCCCAGGUUUUUUGCGGCCCCUUUUCAAUUUCCUGUCUGCCGGCGAGAUAAUCGCGCACCCGCGUUGUGCGCGCACUUGCUUCCUCGGGCGCACUUUUGAGGCAGCACCAGGCAGCGCAACUUUCUUGCGCAAGGCCGAACGCCCUCACUCGGACAAAGCCAAACCCUCUGGGGCGGGCUCUUCUCCUCCCGAAGGCCCCGCAAGCUCCCUUGUUUUUUUUAUGUUGCCGCGGCGCGAUGUGUUUUCUCGACUGCGCGGCCCAAAAGGCGGGCCGCGCCCGCCCUGUCCAAAAAAAAAACCAUAAGAAGAGCACGAUAGCCCAUUUGGAAAAGUGGUCCGCUGUGUGUGGCCUCUGGGCGGUGUGAUGACCCAUCUAUGUGGCCCCGCUCUGGGUUCUUGGGGAGGGCACCAGCCUGAAAGGAAAAGGGCCCCGCCGCAAAUGGCAAUGCAGACAGUCCCUGCCCCUCCGGCCGGGCGGAAGGCUAAGGCCGGCACCUUGGCAGCUUAGUUGGGUCAAUUGUCGCUCCACCCCUGUCUAUUUCAUAUUUUGCCCGAGCGGGCAGCGAGUCUGUGGGCGCUCUUGCUUUUCUUUAUAGGAGCCUGCCAGCCCCCCCAAAAUGCGAAAAAGAAAAACGCCGCGCCUCGGUCCGCGCGUCCUCGUUCUUGUGGGACAUCCGUCGGGGGGCGCAGCUUCGCAGCUGCGACGCCGGCGCGACCCCAGUCGAUAUUAGCUUUCCAGCGGGCGUCUCUGCCGGCAAGCCACGGGCGGGCGGAAGUCAGACAGGCGGCGGAGCAGAUGGGCCGCGCCAGUCCGCGUAGGCUUUGUUUGGCACGAUGUUGCGCCGCAGCGAGCGCAUGACAGGCAAACAAGCGGCCGUAAAAAUCCCAGCAACUGACACGCGACAUCGCGAGUAUUUUGACCUUUCACAGCCCUCGGAUGGAAGAAGCGCCAUACCUGCCCCGCGGGAACGCGCUCGUGGCGAGUAGUUCCGGUUUGCAGACUUGUGGCCAUUUUUGCAUUGAAGAAAUGCAUGCUGUUGAACAGCCUAAAGUCCUUUAGGGCUUCAGCCCUCCUCUUCUGCACGUGACUCACGGCGCGGGCCAUUUUACGGACGCGGCGCGUUUAAUUUGUCACGGACCUCGAGGGCACUUGCAGGCGACGAGGGCGCUCGCUCCUAGGCGGCGCGCUAGAAGUUGUGUGGCGAUCUCUGUGAUGGAGUUGGGCGCUUUUCCCAGCAGCCCAAGAUCGCUUUCACAAAGUCCACAGCCGUCGCGCGUCUUCUGUCCUUUUGAUGGAGAAAACAAUCGCACCUGCCUGCAUAAUGGCACACGGGGCGAACAAAUAAAAGACGCGCCCUAAGAACAUUUGCCAUAGGGAUCAGGCCGAAGAGGGAUCUUUUCAAAACCUUUGCCCCUCUCAUAUGAUGGAGCGGUGGGCUGAUAGUAUGCAGCGGUGGGCUGAAACUGUUCACCAUUUUCUGGAGUUUGAGUAUAUAAAUUGGGACCUCAAAACACAUGGAGAGAGGCCGAGAAAGACUACAUGGACUUACCAACGGGGUCAAAAUUCCGGCAUAGGGUUCAUGUUAGACGAAACCUUCGGUGAUCAAAGACAGAGGCCCGGGAGCUGGAGUUCGGGUACCGUGUGCAAAAGUGUGGUAGUAACUCCGCAUAAUGUGCUCGACCUCAAGCGAACCGAGGGGCCACAGCAACUGCGGCAUGCCAUAUUACUUCCAAAAGCCUUCCCCUUUUGUGAUUGUGUUUCGUAGUGAUUCGACUCUACUAGAGCUAGACUGUGAGUUGCAUAAAAGCGGAAGCGCCGCACUUUAAUGCACGGGAUACAAGGCUCUUUUGAUCACCUUCUGGGCGACUCUUUGAAGACGGGAAACGAGGCGUCCGCAACUUUCCUUCUUACACCUGGAGAGCUAAAUGGGCUCUUUGCGGUGAUUCAGAUGCAGGGGUUCUACGAGGGGGACUUUUACCAAAUGGUGUAGCAAUUACAUCUGCUUUCCGUGCUCUCCGUCCCGUCGAGGACUUGAAGACAUCGGUCGUCCGCUCUCGGCCCUCUAAGGCAGCGUCUGGGGUUGUGCGGCUCUUUGAACGCGGCGCGACAAAUCCAGACGCCCCCUGCGGCCCGACUUUUUAUCGCCGGCGCGCCAAUGCAAGAACACCCAGCCCUUUGGGAUCUUUCUUUCCGUUCCUCCGGGAAAAAGAAGAUAUACGCGCCAGGCAUCCAUACAAAAUAAUAAAUAGGCCAAGCAGGCUCGCUCGGUGUAGUAUGUAAUAAACACUCACCGACCCAAUGGGUAGGUAGGAGUGUUUUAGAACUUUAGGAGGUGGCACUCCCCGGCCCUUGUGGCUCGCACUUCUGAUAGUGGGACACCACAAAGGCCGACCAGCUCCGCACUUCAGGGUGCGCGUAAGGUCGGCUGCCAGUGCAGCUAGGCUUCUGCUCUUAGUUCUUUUACUUCCAACGGCGAACGCAGCACCAGGAGCCCAGGCCAGACGGAAGGCGCUGAAGCCCGGCAGAGACCCCUCUCCGACUCCACGGAGGUGCGAGCCGCCUUGCGAAAACCACAAGCGGCGCCGCCUAGUUGCGGGGAAGAUCUAGCAGUCGGACCAUCGCCAGGAGGCAAGGUGCCAGCCUCGUGUAGAAGCCAGGCGCGAAAGGCUUUGCUUCUACCGCCUGGACUAGCAGACCGGACCCGCGGGGACCUAAUGGAAAGCGUGCCGCCUUUGACUUCCGGGCGGGGCCGAAUCCUCGAGCCUGUUGGGUGCAUAAGAAAGCGAAAUUUUUGGAGCUGAUUUCUUUCCUCCCGGGCCGAGGAGCGCCGUUCCUUGCCGGGACGAACCUGCGCAGGGUCGCGCCGAAAGCCCCGCAGCGGUGCUGAUGAACAAGCGCGGCACCUCCGCGGCACUGCCGCGCCCGAUCCCCUCAGACAAGCCCGCUGGCUAGGCGGAAAAAAAAAACCCCCUGCGGGUGCGCGGGAUCCGCACAUCAGCGCUGCAAAGGCUGCAGAAGUAGGAGAAAGACUUAGGCGAAAGCAGCAAAGUAAAGGGGUAGAGAACUGGCCAAACCUACAAGGGCGCAGCGGAGAUGGGGCGGAGAGAAAGCAAAGGGCCAGUAGAAAGACAUCAGACUGAGACGGGCGAGGCAAAAUAAAAGGGCAGAGCCCUACAGCUGCAGGGGCGCAUGCAAAAGAGAGCUGGCGGAGGAUUUGAUAAGCAGCAGCAUCGCGGGGGCGUACGAAUUUGCGAGGUAGCUCCAGGAGGGCAAAAUGUACGAACUGCAGCGCAAGCGUAUGAGCCGCCACACAGGGCGAUACCAAUGAGAACAACAGAGGCAGAGAAUGCCGCAAAAAAGUGUCAUCCAAAGCAGCGAGCGGGCAAGCAGGGGCCGCAUGACCGUUGCGCAAUCAAAACAUACAGAGCAGCAGUGGGGGGCUCAGAACUCGCGCGGCGCGUCAGUUUUCGCUAGGGCCCAUUUUCGUUCCGCUUCUUAUCUUCAACUACCCCAUGCGACAGGUUAAGCGUUCCCCUAAUUCUCGCAGUUCGCUCCGGCUACAGCGACCUACCCAAGCUGCAGCUUUGAUUUUGCGUUGCAAUAAAUAUACAUUCAUAGACGCGUUGUAGUCACCUUCUUCAUGUUUGCCAGCCCCGCCCCCGCCUUUCUUCGCCCAGAAUGAGGCUUGCCGCGCUUCGAACCCCGCAGGCGGAGAGUGUAUUGCAGACAAUACCGUGGGAAAGGGCGAGGGCGAACUAACUCGCGCGGGGCGCGAAUCCUAUUUUUACAACAUGAUUAAGACGAGCAAGAGGGCCGAUGCACAUCCAGCAGGUGCAGCGCAAGGAAAUAGAGCUGAACCUGCAAAAGCACCCGCGGAUGCGGAUACUAGCAGCGGCGCGACAAAGCAAGAUGAGGCUCAGACACGACAGGCGAGGUGGUCGCAGGCUGUCGUACAGGAAUGGGAAACCGCUCUGGCAAGCGAGCGUGCCGCACCUGCUGAACAUGAAAGCGCUGGCGCUGGGGGAGCUGGAGGCAAUGCCCGCAAGGCCAAGGACCACGACAACCAGGGCCAACAACUGCAGCUCGACCAGUUAAAGGGCGGCGACGUAGUGCGUUGGAACUGCCAGACGCUCGUUUUGGUGCUUGGCGGUUUCUUUGGUGGAACGAUGGGCGACUACUACACGACAAUGAAUGGCGUUUGGGGUUCGUACGUACUGGGCCUGCGGCCGCCCGAAUAUUUCGAAGCAGUUCCGGAAAAACCUAGCGUUGCGGAGAGAUUGCCUAGCGUUGCUGAGAGAUUGGCGGCAAGGUUCACCGGGUGGGGCGAGAUGUUCUCCGCCGGGACUAGUGGCCCGGGCGAGGAGCCAGCACGCCCUGCCCGACCUGAGGCCACGGCCCCGGGACAAGGCAUAGGCGCGGUCAGCUCCAACGACCCACACCCCUUCAAAGAUGCAGGCGAGCUGCCUCCCGGCGGCACCGCCCUAGUGGAGCUUCGUCUACACACCCCGACACCAAGCAAGGACAAUUCGGCGGUCGCCCGUAGCGUCGCCGCGCUGCCGCACUCACAACAACUUCCGUCAGGGGCAGACGAACUGGGAUCUGUGGAGCCGGGAGCGACACGCUCCGCAGAUUACAGGUCGAAUGAUGCAAAUCAUGGCGGCGACCGCGGCGCAGCCAGAGCUCCGAAGCACUCGGAUGAAGUAGAGGGCGCGGCUUUGGGUAAAGUAAUGUCCCCUACCAAAGCGGAACUGGUGUCCGGGCACGCUUCAGGCCAAGCACUACAGAAAGCCUCGUCAUCGGCCGAAAGAACGACGAGCAAAAUGAGUGCAAGGACAGCGAGCACAGUUGGCGGCGAGACUGAGGAUGCGGAGGUGCAGUUUGAUGCGGUAGGCGGUUUGUCACCAGUGUCCCCGAUCAAAGAAACUCAAACGGCUUCACUACCACCACAAACAAGUGCGCACCCCCGUACAAGUCAUGCGGGAUAUCGUGGUAGCAGUAGCACCAGUUCCCCUUCCAUGCGCGUUACUGACGUGCGACCAGAGCCCGGCGCCAGCGGCUUCACGGAGGUUGCUGCGAUGCACGGUGACUUGGCUGGUGCAGAAGGUCAAACCCUGUUCGCGAAUUUGUGGAGCUGCAUCUUCAGCAGUCCUGCAACAAAGCGACACCAGCUCAGCAACCACGAUACAACUUUUGUGGAGAAGGAGGUGGGCCGCUCCAUGACGGUUUCCUCGGAAAAACCGACCAGCCACGUCUGGGACUGCAUCUUGCGCACCUGGUCGUCCAGCAACGCGGACCACGCAAGAGCUACGCGCCUCCUGUUCCACUUUUGCGGAAGUAUCGCCCUGGUCCUCGUGCUAUCGAUCGUGUGGUGUUGCGGGGUUCGGGGGUCCGGAUGGUGCAGCAAAAAGGUCCUGAAGGACCAGUUCCGGCCUAUGGAUUGCGAAUAGAGUGUCGCGCACGUCGGUGUCGGAAAAAGUACGCUGCAAAAUUCGAACUCGUUAAACUGAAAACAAAAAUAGCUUAGCUAAUUUGGUAAAGAGUUGUGGUUUUGCACAUCACGGUAGGUCUACUCAUCAUGUAGGAGCUCACGUAGGAUCUCCAUCCGUAAGAGGAUUGCAUUCAGUCGUGGUCAUGCAAGGUUAUUGCAGUUUGUAUUCCACCACGUCGCGCAUGCUAAACGUGUCCCAACGAUACAACGGAUCCUCCCCUCGGUAUUUCGCAGGCGCAACCUACGCGCGCACCCAUCUGAACCUGCUGACGACGAGGAUUUGGACGGGCUGGAAACCGCAGACGAGCAGCGGGCGUUGCGGCAGGCGGGACGAGGUGGACAUGGAUCCUCCAAGCUUUUCAUGGUGGGCAGCGCGGGCGGUGGUGACACGACUUACGAUCGAGAUGAUGCAAGCCCUGUUCUUGCCGAUAAAACGCGCAAGUGCAACAACUACGGCGCGACCGGUUUGUACGCAGCUACCACGGAGGACUCUCAUUUGCAGCAGGCUGAGCCGGAAGACUGCGGCGGAGUAAGCGGUCGUGUUCGUAAUAAGAACGGCCCGCGGGUGGAGACGGAGCACGACUGCCAGCGGUCGGCAAGUUACGAAAAAACCAGGAGCUCAAAACGCAAUCCUCCAGCUCCAUGUCGUUCUUCGCCAGCAUCGGGGGGUGCAUGGGAUCCGGGGAUGUUGAACAAGGCUGACACUAGCAAGCCAUCCACUUCUUCCACUGCAACCGAACAUGAGCAGAAACACGGCAACUACUCCGAGCAAGAGCGAGAUGAAAGUGGCGUCGACAAUGCGACGCUGAUGAGCGACCUGUUUGUCCCCGAACUAAAAGUCGAUGAGCUUGAUGAUGGCGAUUAUAUCGUGCGUGAGAACAACUACUCCAGCCUCGCUUUUGUUGCGCUUCCAGUUCCACGCUAGAGAGUGGGAAGGCGAAUGUAAUUGCGAAUACAACUUGAUAUCGCGGGUUCUAUUAUCCCUAUCCGCGACAGGUUUUUUCAUCUUCAACUGCAGCUUUUACAUCGUAGUAGUGAAGGCCAAGAAGAAGGCCGUUCUUCUUGCAUCUCUGUGUUGACUGCCGAGGAUCAUGUUGCAUGAGAAAUAGGAGCAAGUGCAAGGGGGAGUAGUUGUCACACAGGAUGUUCGUGGACGUGGAGCAAGCGGGCUGCGAUCCAGAUGACAAAGUGUAAAUACACGCGUGUCCUCCGUGGAAGGUUUCUGCAGUUGGACAUGCGUGAAAGUCCGCUACUCUGGCACCGGAAGUUUGGUACGUUAUCUUUAUUCAACCAGAGGACGAGCUGUUUCUUAAGCAGCAUGGG